GGUCGGGAUGGCCACGGGCCCGCGGCACCGCAUAGCGCCGCGUACGUCGUACACCAGGGACCCCGCGCAGCGCCAUCCCGAGCUCUGAUCGCCCGGGCCAGUUCGACGCAGCGCCGCCGCCAGUGCGUGAGGUCCAUCGUAGGCACGGUCGUGAUGGGGGCGGGGGCGGUUCCGGACGAGGUGGUGCCGCAGAACACGAGCCGUGUCGUCCAGUAGCGCGCGCGAGCCCGCCGCCAGACGUGACAGUGAGAGUGAGAGAGACCGGCAGAGCGUGCGUGAGUGCGAGAGAGGAGGAUGGGCGCCCGCCGCUUUAUCGCCCAAGCCCCUCCACAUGGCGCGGCGCAGCCAGACUUUACUGCGGAAUUCCUAAGUGUCGUGAGUGAGACGGAAUUUUAAAUCAGCCCUCGCCUCCGCCCCGCGCGUGUGCCCCCCCCCCUCCCCUCAUCCCCUCUCAACCAGCCCUCACGACCGCACCGCCUCUGUUGGGUCCUCCCCCCCCGCCCUCCUGCAGCCUGCAGGUGCUCGACGCUCCCACGAGAGGAAGCGCCAACACAACUUGAGCACCGCGGUGGUGCCUCGCCGCCGCCCCGGGGGCCGCGCCCUCGGCCGCGCCCUGGCCUGGUCCGGCUGCUGGCAGCGCGGCGCGCACCACGACUCGAGAUGGCGGAGACUGCCAAGCGGUGCCUACUGCUGCUGGCGGCGCUGGGGGCGUGCGCGCCGGCCCUGGCUGAGCCCAAGGUGGGCGGGUCGGCCUUCAACUCCACCGGAACGGUCCCGGCCCCGGCGUCCCCGCAGCGGAACAGAUCCAUCUGCCCCGACAUGGACAUUCGGAACAGGCCGAGCCAGCUGAGAAGGCUGGAGGGCUGCGUCGUCGUCGAGGGCAAUUUGAGCAUGGUGCUCAUGGACAACAUGCAACCCGCCGACUUCGCUCCCUACUCCUUCCCGGACCUGCGCGAGGUGACGGGCUACGUCCUCUUCUUCAAAGUGAGCGGACUGCAGUCGCUCGGCCAGCUGUUUCCCAACCUGACACUGAUCCGCGGCACUCAGCUCGUCGUCAACCAGUACUCGCUGGUGGCCUUUCAGAUGCCCGACCUCGUGGAGCUUGGUCUGUCCUCUCUGGAGCUGGUGCAGCGCGGCGCGGUGCGCAUCGACGGCAACCCCUUGCUCUGCUACGCCGACACGCUGGACUGGGACGUGAUCGCGCCGGGCGGCGGCGGCGAGCACUACGUGUACAACAACAGGCCGCCCUCGGAGUGCCAGCCGGCGUGCAAGUGCCCGUCGGGCCGGUGCUGGGGCUACACGAGCUGCCGGCACCCGCGCAAGGGCACGCCCAGGACGCCCUCGGGCGCCGAAUGCAACAAGAACUGCGCCAUCGGCUGCAACGGCACCUCCGCCCACGACUGCAUCGCCUGCGCCGGGCCCCAGGAGGGCAGCGAGUGCGUCGAGCGCUGCAGUCCCGGCAAGCUCGUGUUCCAGCGGCGGCGAUGCGUGCCGGUGGACUGGUGCGAGGAGCACCACUCGGGCGGGGCGGACGGGAUCGAGCACCAAGGUGAGUGCGUGAUGGAGUGCCCCGAAGGCACAAUCAUCGAGGUCCGGGAGGAGAAGAGCAAGAGCAAGAAGAAGCUCAAGGAGGCGGCCGACAAGGAAGACAAGGAGAAGGGAAAGAAGAAGAAGUUCUGCAAACCUUGCGUGGGACCCUGCCGCACCGAAUGCCCGGGCGCGGCCAUCCGCACACCACGUGACGCACUCCAGCUGCUCAAGGGAUGCACCGUGAUCAACGGCACGCUCGAGAUCGAGAUACCUCACGGCGGCGAGGAGGUGGAGAAGGCCCUGGAGCCCGCACUCGGCAACAUCCAGGUCAUCACUGGCUCCCUCGUUGUGAGCAGGUCGCGGCCGCUAUCUUCGCUCCGGUUCCUGCGGUCGCUGCGCGAGGUGCGGGGCUUGGACCGGAACAAGAAGCUGGCCGUCUUCAUCAACGACAACGACAAUCUGCAGUCCCUGUUCGAUUGGGACGAGAACAGCCGGUCCAAGACGCUCACCCUCGCCCCGCACGCCCAGAUCACCUUCUACUACAACCCCCGCCUCUGCCCGCAGGAGAUCAAGAAGUUCGAGAAGGUGACCAACCUGACGAAGGGGCAGAUGCUCAACAACUUCAACGGCUUCAACAACCCGUGUGGCGCGUGGAACUUGUCAGCCUCCGUGUCGGUGCUGGGGCCGGAGUCAGCGGUGCUCACGUGGCGGACCUGGGUACCCGCCAAGGAAGUACUCGCCUACGCCGUGUACGUGACGAAGGCCGUGCGCAAGAACGUGACUGAGUACGCGGGCUCCAUAUUCUGCAGGUACCAGCCGAGCGACGGUGACCUCGACGACGGCAGCGUCUUUGGGUGGAUGGUGGUCGACGUUCGCUUCGGACAAGACGACACCGAGGUGAGCACGCUGGUGCCCAGGCUGCAGCCCGCCACGAUGUACGCCUACUACAUCAAGACGUACACGACCCGGGCCAACGUCAACUCUCCCAUCAGGUACUUCCAAACGCCGCCAGACCGGCCUUCGCCGCCCAGUGCGGUGCGCGCCGUGGCCGUGCGGCCGUCCGCGGGCAGCCUGCUGGUGGCGUGGAGCCCACCCCCGCGCACCAACGGCGUGCUCAGUCACUACAUCAUCACGGGCGAGCUGAGAGACGACGACGACCAGCGCCAACUCGGCGACCGGGACUUCUGCGAGCACCCCGCCACCCCGCCGUACUCUGAGGCCCUGGCCGCGGAGGACGCGCAACGCUGGGCGAAGGGCGAUGAAAGUUCUGCUCCAACUGUGGGCACCUCGUCGGGCUGCUGCUGCUCCGGUUGCUGCCGCAUCCCCCUGAACGAGGAGCAGUGCGAGCGCUUGCUGAGAGGCUCCCAAGACGUGUUGGACGCGUGUGGAAACCGCGUCCAGUCUCUAGACCGCUGUACCCACGUCCUCUACAACGUGGUGUCCGACAACAUGAACCAGGCAGCGUCAUCCUUUUUCCCCAGGGCCAACCAGUUCCCCGGCUCCAGCGGGGGCCAGGGCCGGAUCGACCUCAACCUCUCCGAGGAGUGGGACAAGGACUGGAGGAAGCGGCGCUUCGUACGCAUCGAGAGCGCCAGCGCGACCAGCAGCCUGGUGGAGACGCUCGUGCCCUUCGGCCUGUACUCUAUCUCCGUGCACGCGUGCGGCAAAAGCGGCCCGGGCUUUAGCGAUCCGAAGGGGGCCCCGCUCUCCGCGUCCUGCAGCGCGGCCUCGAUGACGACGGCCAGGUCACUGCAUGCCGAGGGCGUGGACCUCGUGUCGUCAGCCAACGCCACCCUGCAAGGCGACAAGCUGCUCGUGUCCUGGGCCGAGCCGCAGCGCCCCAACGGCAUGCUGGUCUCAUACCACGUGCGCUAUCGGGACCGGCACAAGUUCGAGGGGGGCGAGCAGUGUGUGACCCGGCAGAGCCACCGGCAGCACGGAGGCCGGGUCCCGAUCCCGCUACGGUCCAGCGUCACCCUGGACGAGCAGAGUGCCGCGGUGGAGGAGCGAUACGUGGUCGAGUUGCGGGCCGUCUCUUUGGCGGGUCCAGGUCGCUGGGUCGGCGUAGAGGUCUACGCCACCAAGAGGGUUCCAGCCGCCACAGCAGACAGCGGUGAGGGGCACGACGCCACCGCCAGUCCCAGGUCGACGGCGAAGACUGUGGUGGCGGUGCUGUUGCUCCUCCUCGGGCUGCUAGCCGUGGCGCUCUUUUAUCUCCGACGGCGCGCGGCACGGGACAGCCUAGGUGACGAGUCGGACCUCGGUCAACGUCGGCUUGUGAGCUCGGACCUCACCGAAUGCUGGGAUCUCCCGGACCUCACUGACGAGCCUGACCACUGGCCCCCAAAUGUGCACUUUGAUCCGGACGCGAACCGUGUAAGCUUCGAGCCGCUGCCGACGGCAAACUUGCAAGUCAUGCAGAACCUGCAAUCGUCGGCCGGGAGCAGGGCCUGGCUGCGGUGGCCCAGCGAGGAGGAUGUUGAUGACAACGUCGAGAGUACGCUGCCCUCGGCGCCCCCGCUACAACAGCUGCAGCAUCACACACGGUGGCACCCGACCAAUCCGUUCCACCCCAACCACAGUGGUUUCCACACGGAUGAUAUCUCCAACUCGUCUCCUGAAGCUGUACAAUACAGUAACAGUAAAACAAACCCCUUCACCAGCAGUGACGAGGGAAUGCCCACUGUGCCUCUGCAAGAGGACCCGAAAAUGAGUCCGACAUUUGAUCUUCUCUGGGAAAACAAAGGGGAGAUAUCUUGCAACGUUGACCCACUUUUAAACAAAACAUACACUCAAGAAUAUGUAAAAAAUAGUAGAAAGAAUGAAGAAAUGUUACGUGAUAUCACACCUUCUUUAAUGCUGAAUAGAAAAAAUGUACCUGGGGACUAUGAGGACUGGGAAGAAAUAAAAGUGAAAAGUCCAGUAAAUGAAGAUAUGCACAAAUCACCAUCUACGGAUUCAUUUACUUCAGUAAAUUUGAGUGAAUCUGAACUAUUAAAACAAGAUUUAAGUAAUCUGCGGAGAUGUGAUUCUAGGGAGGGACUGGAUUGAAAUGAAGAAACCUUUCAUGUUACAUUUUGACUUAACAGUUAUUAGCAAUGUUUUUAUUGCAAUAACAAAUGGAAAUCAGUUAUGAAAAUAACUAGAAACUAUAAUAUAUGAAUUGACAAAACCUAAAGAGAGUGGAACACUUUCACAUAUGUAUCGACUUACAUCACAAGAACAAGCCAUCAACAAAAAAAAUUUGGUUGAUAAAUUUGUAAGGUAGAGUGACAAAAAUGCGUAACUGUCUCACAAAAGAAAAUACAAAGAAUGGAGAAAAAACAA